AUGGAGCUAAAGGAAGAUAACAAACACUCCUCCAGCGACUCAACGUCCUCGUCUCCACAGCCUCCCUCCAACCUCACGUUUGCUGGACCGCAAGAACACAAUGAUAAUGGCGGUAGGAAGGUAUCAUCUGUAAGGGAAUAUACGAUUCUUCCAGCAGAAGAAGUCGAAUACCCAUCCGGAUUUAGAUUAUGGAUUACUAUGGUUGCCAUGAUGCUCAGCAUCUUCUUGAUUGCUAUGGAUAUGACCAUCGUCGCCACCUCUGUCCCUGCGAUCACCAACGAAUUCAACGGCAUCAAGGACCAGGCAUGGUAUGCUUCCUCCUUCUUUUUGACGUCUGGUGGCUUCCAGUCAACAUGGGGAAAGAUUUAUCAGAACUUUCCUCUUAAAAUCAGCUUCCUGACCGCGAUCUUCAUCUUUGAGGUUGGGAGCACGAUUUGUGCCGCUGCUCCUUCGUCUGUAGCAUUCAUCGUGGGUCGGGCAAUCGCAGGCGUCGGAGCUGCGGGCGUUGGCUCAGGGUCGUAUACGAUUGUCGCUUUCAUUUCGGAGCCCAAGAAGAGAGCAAAUUUUGUUUCAAUGCUUGGUGCCAUCUUCGGUAUCGGAAGUGUCUUAGGACCUCUCAUUGGUGGUGCUUUUUCUACUAAUGUUACCUGGCGGUGGUGCUUUUACAUUAAUCUUCCUAUUGGAAUUCCCCCGGUCCUCGCUAUCAUAUUUUUCUUUCGUACUCCGACGGCUGCCCGCUCUACAGAAUCCUCUUUUAAAACUAAACUGCUCCAGAUGGAUCCACUGGGCUUGUCGCUGCUUCUAGGGGGUAUCGUCACUUACCUUCUCGCCGUACAAUACGGCGGCACGUCAAAACCCUGGAACUCUGGUACCGUUAUCGGCCUCCUCGUUACUUCCGUUGUGGUGUUCAUUCUCUUUGGAAUAGUUGAAUUUUGGCAAGGCGAGAGCGCGACAGUAAUCCCCCGACUCUUCAAGAAGCCUUUUGUCGGCAUGUCAAUGGUCUACAUAUCCUUUCAGGGUGGUGCGCUUUUCUCGAUGGUCUACUACCUCCCUCUCUACUUUCAGGCUAUCCUCGGUGAUAGUGCCGUACUGGCAGGUGCACAUAACCUAGCAUUUAUUGUCCCAGCCAUGAUUUCGGUCCUUGUCGCGGGUAUCAUCGUCACCAAUACCGGGAUGAUCACUGCAGUUAUGACCGUUGGGUCAGCAAUCGGAGCUCUCGGCUGCGGCUUAUGCUCCUUAUUUGGUCUUGACACCACGAUUGGAGUAUGGAUUGGAGUUCAGAUUGUGGCCGGCGUUGGCCUUGGCCUCGGAUUUCAAGUUCCCCUAACCACUGGUCAGGCCAGCGUCCAGGAGUCAGACCUACCAGCUGUCACGUCCAUGUUACUCGAGUUUCAGACGCUGGGUGGUGCCAUUUGGGUAUCGGCCUCGCAAGCAGUAUUUAUCAACAGAAUGUUGAUUGUUCUGCCGGAAUUGGCUCCUAACGUGAACCCUAGACAAGUCAUAGCUACUGGUGCCGGGGAUUUACGCACCGUGUUUGAUCCGGAACAGCUCCCGGGCAUUCUAACUGCCUAUUCCCAGGGCAUUAAAGAUGCAUACCUUCUCAUAUGUGCUCUUAUUGGUGUUUCUAUGUUUGUGGCCGCAUCAAUGCCUUGGAAGAAACUGGAUAUUAAUGUUAUCGAAGGCGCCGGAGAUAGCGCUUAG